AGAACGGUUGUUUGAACCUAGACAGCAACCUCUGUGGCUCUCUGCAUCGGCAACCAAAAUCCUCCCGAGUUCGAAGGAGAACGAAGAAGAUUGCGAACAAAAAUGUCGUCUCUUGCCACAUUUCAACUACUACUACCCCCAUUUCCCUCCUCCUCCGCCUCUUCUUCUACCAAACCAACCUCUUUUCUUUGUCUUCUCCCCCUCCCCACUUCGCCUCUACAGCGCCGCGUCCACCUUAAUCGGAAUUCGCAACAUUUCCAUGGAAUUCCACUCGAACACAGAUCGAAAUCUGGGCGGAAGUUCGGAUCCUUCCGCUGCUUCUCGGCAUUAUCUCCCGAGCUGAAAACAACAAUCGACAAAGUCGUUACGUCGGAGAAAGUCGUUCUGUUUAUGAAGGGAUCAAAAGACUUCCCACAAUGUGGAUUCUCUCAUACAGUAGUACAAAUAUUGAAGUCUUUAAAUGUGCCCUUCGAGACUAUAAACAUUCUAGAGAACGAACUAUUAAGACAAGGACUGAAGGAGUAUUCAAGCUGGCCAACCUUUCCUCAGCUGUAUAUCGAUGGAGAGUUCUUUGGUGGUUGUGACAUAACAGUUGAAGCAUACAAAAGUGGAGAAUUGCUAGAAGCGUUGGAGAAGGCCAUGUGUUCUUGAAGGCCGUUGAAAGAUAAGGUUUGGCAAUGCUUGACUUAUUUUUUAGUGAUGGAAAUAUGUAUAUCAAUAUGACAUUUAUGUUACUCAAGGCUUUAUGACAAAAGUUAAGGUUUGUUUUAAUGUUUUCUUCUCAAAUGGUUAACUAA